CAUUUCCAUUUGGUUAUCCGCUUGAAUUUGAUUUAUGUUUUAUGGUUUUAAGUUGGAAACUGGGAAAUCGGGAAAAGAAAGAAAAUUAUGUCACUCCAGGGUGAUGAAAAUACUCACAGUGUUGGAUGCAGUGAAUACAUAAUAAUCAGUACAGAAGGUAAUUCUGCAAUUCAAUCACAGUGGCAAUCACAAAAUGCAGAGGUUUCAUAUAAAUGGACACGACAGAAUACGUUACUGUUUUUGGAUUUAUAUAAGAAAUAUAAGCAAUUGCUGAUGGCUGGGAAAAUAAAACUAAAAAAGUUGUACGAAUCCAUUGCCAAUGAGAUCAACCAGAAAACCAAUGAGAACGUGGCUCCAUCAAACUGUGAAAAUCGAUGGAAGGUAUUGGAAAGAAAUUACAAAAAAUUUUGUGACAAUAAUAAAAAAACAGGCAGGGGUAGAGGCUUUUUUGAGUAUGUGGACAUAAUGGCCGACAUACUAGUGGACAAAAAGAAUAUCAAUCCAGUGCUCCUGUUAUCAAGUAACACGGUAGAACACUUAAAGGAACCCGAGAUAUCUGAUACAAGCAGGCUUGAUAUGCUGAACACUCCUGCAUUGGAAUCACCAGAGGAGCAAUUAUUAACCCCACACUCAUCCAAAGAAACACCACGACGCCAACAUCACAAAACUAAAACGUAUCCUAAUAAACGUCUGAAGUAUAACAUUUUACAAGAAAUCAGAAACGAUAGGAGAGAGUUCUACAAGCAGCGAUUAGAUGUUGAAAAACAAAAGAUAAAUAUGGCAGAAGAGAGGAACAUACUCUUAAGAAGGCAGAUUGGAAAGAGAAAAAUAGAGUCCUCAGUACUAAAGUUAAAAAAUUAA